AGUUACUACUGUAGCUGUAUGCUGCAAGUUGUCACAUCUGCCGUAUAUAUACACUGUGGAGGUAUUUUUAUUGUGUGGUUAGGUGUGUUAAUAAAAAAUGAGUUUGUAAAGAACUGGAGAAGUGACAUGCGAGCUAACUGACAAAGCCUGGACUCUUCACGGAUAUCUGUCAUCGCUGUGAGAAAUACUUGAUUCCUGUUGGUGUUGGUAUUCCUGUCUUCACCCCAUCAACCUUCUUAGAUAGACUAAAAUAAAAGCUUUUCGUUUUUGACUGCUCCGGUUGCUGCUUGGAAUUUUUGAAAGGCUGUUCAUUCAAAUGCUGAGACAGUGUUUUGUUUGACUUCAACAAGUAUCUGGAACUAAGAAAUUGAAUAGGGAGAGAGAGUGAAAGAGAAGAACAUGGGAGUCACUAACUCUAGGGACUAUCAUCCAUACCACCCCUCACAGUCUCCCAUAAAGGUGGGGCUGAAAAGACGCAACGAGUCUCUGAAGAAGGAGCGUCCGAAAUGGAAGAGUGAGUACCCAAUGACGGAGGGUCAGCUGAGAAGUAAGAGGGAUGAGUUUUGGGACACUGCCCCUGCCUUUGAUGGCAGGAAGGAGAUUUGGGACGCACUCCGAGCAGCAGCAGUGGCCAUAGACCUCAACAACCUGGAACUGGCUCAGGCCAUAGUGGAUGGCGCCUGUAUCACACUACCACACGGUACUCUGACAGAGAGUUAUGAUGAACUGGGUAACCGCUACCAGCUUCCUGCCUACAUAUUGGCUGCUCCCACCAACCUCAUCAGUGAACACACCAAUGACAGCGAAGUUUCUGAUCAAAAAGAGCAGAAAUGGCCUCUCCCUCAUCCCAAAGAGGAGUUCCAGCUCCGAGUUCGUCUUUCAUGCGGUAAGGACCUCCGUAUAAGCGCUUCCAUGUCAGACUCCAUCUCCCAGCUGAAAAUGGCCUUGCAAGGGCAGGAGGACAUUGACGCGGCCCACCAGCGCUGGUUCUUCGCAGGAAAACUGCUCACAGACAAGACCCGGCUCCAGGACACCAAGAUACAGAAAGACUUUGUGGUUCAGGUCAUCGUCAACAACUGCUCACCCGUUACCAAACUCAUAGCAAACUGAGGACUGCGAGGUGGUGAGAAAUUAAGAAACAGGAGGAGGAUGGAUUAGAGAGUGGGAGGAAGGAAUGGAGAUGAGAGGGGAUGGAGAGAGGAGGAAGGAGAGCAGGCAUAGAAAGCUGGGAGAAUGUGGUUCAAGGCCUUGUUUCACUCUUAAGUUUAAGCACACCAGGGUUUUGUUCAUUGGGGCACACCAUAGGAAAACAUAGCAAGGUUUUGCAAUUGAUAACAAACAUGUCUCUGAUUGGAUAGUUCAGAUAGUUCCUACACGCUUUGGACCACUUUGUGCCUGGUGGACACAACCCUGGACUGUCAGUUGCAGCAAAAUCACUUUGUGUAUAUACCUUCAUAAUUGGUGUAUGUUUGCUUUUAUAUUCCUCUUUUUUUUUUAUUUACCAAUAUUUUCUUAGUGACCAGACAUUCCUAAUGACUGAAAGUACACACAGUCUGUGGUGCCAGGCAAAACACUCACAAACUGUAGACUUGACUGAAAGGGAAUCACAACUCAGUGAGAAUAGAUAUUACUGUAUAUAGAUCAACCACCAUCACACCUCUGUGACCUACAGUGGGUACAGAAAGUCACCACCCCUUUCAAAUGUUGCCUUACAACCUGAAAUGAAAACACAUAAAAUCAGACUUUCUUCUACUUUAUUUACACAAAGUAACCCACAAUAUCCAAGUGAAAAAUGUUUUCUUAAAAACUACUUAAAUAUUAAUUCAAAUGAAAACAGUAAAAUUCCCUAUUUGGAUAAAUGAACAUCUCCCUUAGAAUUGCAAAGCUGAGGUAUAACCAAACACCUUCCAGAUCACAAAUCAAGCUAAUUGAUCAAACUAAUUCCAUCUGUGACCAAUUGAAAUGACUGAUUAGUUCAGGAGAAAAGCAGAGGACUCUACUGCUUAGUAGUGCAAUUCAAAGCAAAAACUCCACUAAGGACAGCAUGGUACUUUCAAAAGAUCUGUAAAGUGCGUUUCAACCGCAGGAACCAGGGUCUAGAACCAGGAACUGCAUUUUACCCCCAAAAUAGUCACGGCUCAGGAGGUAGGACUCUCCCAGUGUACCGAAACUUUUGGAGUGGGGCUUGCAGUGCUGAACAUUAAUUGAGUAGUAGUACAGUUUACUCACAGAAGUUUUCAACUGCCAUUUUUUUAAUGUUCUCAGCAGAGUAAUGUACAGGAGUUAUUACAGGAGUUUAUUUUGCUUACAAAAAAAAUAAAAAAACAUAUUAUGGAGAGGAAAUCGAGCGACAGAUGGACCGACAACGAAGUUUAUGCUGACGACCAAGUCCAGCGAGAAUUCGAAACAGCAAUUCGUAAUGAAAAGGUGUACACGAAAAUAUCCUACAAGUUAGGUGAGCUGAACAUUAUUCACACCGGGAACAGAGAAACAGAGAAGCUUAAAAAAUGAAAGCAAGAUAACAAGAAGAUCGAGGAUCACAAUAACAGAAGCGGUUCUGACCGGCGGAGCAAAUAAUUUGACCGUCUACAUGUGUUGCUGGGUCACAGGUUGGCCUUCUAUGGCGCUGCGGCAACGAUUGACUCGGCUGCUGCGUUGCUGGAAGCCGUUGUGGAAGACACAGAAACUGGAUAACCAAUCGGUUUAUGAUGCAUGUUAAAUGCUAUAAUGUUAUAUUUUGGAAAAGUCAGGAUAUUUGUAUACUACAUGUUGUUUGUCAUGCUAUUGUUCCUCUAGACAAAAAUCAACGUUAGCUACAGGAACAUCAAUGAUGUUAGCCUAGCUAACAUCCCCUAUUAUCGGCCAUCCCCUAUUUGAUACAGUAAUGUAUGGAGGUUAAAUACUUAAAAAAUUUAAUGUAUGGAAACUUUUGUUGCAAAUCGUGAACUUCGACUUGCGCGACAAGACGUCAUCACGUAGGCUGUUAUAAGUAAUCUGACAUUUUUUCCCUUCUUCAGCAGAAAGCAUGAAAGGUAGCUAAAACUUUCUAGUAAACACAUAAUUGAAACUGUGAUCAGGCAUUUGUAACACAAAUAAAGAGGAAAUGAAACGUUAUUGGACCAAAUAGUAAGGCAGUGGAUAAUAUAGGACGGUGGCCGAUAAUAGGGGUCGUAUUUUUUAGCUACGUCGCUAACCACCUAGCUGAAAUUAGUAAUUUUCCACUGGAAUUUCAGAAAUAAUUAAUGACAUGCCAGUUAGCAUUUGUAUGUAUCUAAUAAUUACUAAACAUUAACAACUUGAUCAAAUGAUUACUCGGUACAAGAUAUUUUUCAAAACUGCUUUUGGCUAUGCUGGCUGUGCUUGUGUAUUAUUAAUUUAUUGUGGUGUGUUUGUUUAUUUUUUUUCUUAGGAAAGAGGAAUUGAGACAGACUUCCUUGACGUGCUGUGGGACUUGGAUGACGCUAACCGGACCGUCCUGCAGCGAGGACAGGAGCAGCAGGACCAGUAUAUGCAGCUGCUAUACUGAGGAAAGAGUCAGGCUGAGGAGAGCCACGUAAAGAGUGAUAAGGAGGCGAGAGUUGGCAUUCCUUGAGUCUCAGGCGGAAGAAACUAUGUUAUGUAUGUUAACCAUGUACAGUGUUAUGUAUAUUAUUGAUUUAUCUUCUUGCCAUAUUUUUAUAAUUCUCACUACGUAGUUGAAGUGUGCUAUGCCACCAUUCGUAAGCAAAUUACACUUAUGUAUCAAUAAUAUUCCUACAUAUUGCUGCUAGUUUACUUAUGUUACUGCCAUAUCUAAAUGUUCAGUAAUACUACCCUGAUUGCUGCUGGUUUACAGUACUCUUUGUGUUUUGCACCUACAUUUUUGCAGAUAAAUAAAUUGUUUUGGAACCAAAUACGUGUGUAAAGUGGCUGUUUGUGUAAAUCUAAAAACAGAAGAACUUCCACACUCUCAAUCUCAAUGUUUGCAGAAAUUGUGUAGUGACACACCGUAGUAAUGCUGACUCCAAAUGAGAAAUACUCAUUUACUGAGUUGGUUGCAGGUUUCCACAGUGCAAUGGCGUUCCUUUUUUGAAUGGGUACACAACGGCGAUGUCAUGUCACCCCAGUUAUGGUUGCAAUCGACGGCACAGGUACAGAAACGUGUCCUUAAAUUGUUUAUCUACUAGGCCUCGUGAAAGGUGAAACUACAGUUUCCCACUGUUUGUGUACCCAAACGGAUGGAGGAACGUGACACAUUCUGUAGUACCGGCAUAUCUGAAACACACACAAAAGGUGCCAAUAAUAAGUCGAUGUAGUUUACAGUAACAUUAUUCCCACUUGUGAUUUAUUUAAACGUAUAUAGGCCUACUAGCAGAAAUCUUACCAUUCUCUUUGUGUGCAAUGACGCAAAUCCAUCUCAUCAGACAUCUCAUGGUCAAUCUCUGCGAAAACUCGUAAAAUCCGUUCACACAUAUUGCAACUCAACUAGCAUUUUGGGGAUUUUGAACCUGAUUUGCUACUACUGCUCAUCUCUUCCACCGUUGACUCAGUUACCACAUUUGAUGUGAUUUCAUGAUCAACAGAAACACAACUUGAAUCUCCUCCCUGGUUGCUGUGAUGUUGCAGUGUCGCAUAAAUAAUAAAGAUGCCUGUCAGUCUCUUUGUAUGGUGCAUACGUUAGCGGACUAAUUUGCCUAAUCUUCGUGGGGCUUCAGACCGCGGUGGAAACAAACACAACAAUGGGCUGAAGGAGCCCUUUAGUUCCUUGAAUAGUAGUUCCUGGGACUCAAAGUUCGGAGUACUUGUUGGUGGAAAUGCAGCUUAAGAUAACGCUGUGGAAAGUCUGGAUGGAUAUAAUAAGAUCUCAAAUGGUUUGUCCUUGGAGCAGUGUUAAGACCAUUAUUAUGAAGUAGAAGUCAUAUUGCACUACCCAGACCUUGCAUAGAUCAGGCGGUCCCUCCAAACUGGAUGAUCGUGCAAGGAGGAGAAUGAUCAGAGAGGAUACCAAGAAGCCAAUGGUCACUUUGAAGAAGCUUCAGGCCUUUAUAGCAAAGACUGGGCAAUGUUUGCUUGUGACCACAAUAUCACUAGUGCUCCACACAUCUGGCCUCUAUGGGAGGGUGUUAAGAAAAAAAACACUCCUCAAAAAAGGCAACAUAAAGUCUAAUUUGAGCUUUGCCAAAAGGCAUGUUGUAAAAAUUGAGUUCUGCAGCCCUCCACCAGGAAGGUAAAAAUGACCCAAAGCACACCACCUAAGCAACCGUACAGUGGCUGAAGGACAACAAGGUGAAUGUUCUUGAGUGGCCUAGUCAGAGCCCUGACCUAUAUCCCAUUGAGAACCUGUGGAGUGACUUGAAGAGUGCAGUCCAUAAACGGUCACCAUACAAUUUCGCAGAGCUUGAACAAUUCUGCAAGAAAGAAUGGACAAAUAUUGUGGUCUAGGUGUGAGAGUUUAGUAUAGACAUAUUCAAGGAAUAGGUAGUUCCACCAAGUAUUAACUCAGGGAGAUAUUCACUUAUCCAAAUAGGAUAUUUUACUGUUUUCAUUUGAAAUAAUUUUUACUUGG